AUGAAUUCUACAUUCAGAAUCGAACUGCUUGGAAAGGACAAUUACGAUAGUUCGAAAAUUCAAGCGAAAGCUUUGCUCAUAGAAAGCGAUUUAUGGGAAUACGUGAACGGUACGGUAACGCGACCAAACGAGAAUGCCGCGACGUGGGAUAAGGCGGAUCAAAAGGCCAUAUCAAAGUUGAUUUUGGCGAUAAGUCCAUCAGAGGUAAGACAAGUUAAAACAUGUACUACUUCGCGCGAAUUAUGGCAAAAAUUAGAAGGAACUUAUCAGUCUAAAGGUCCUGCUAAGAAAGCUCACUUAUUCAAGAAGUUGACGCUGUUAAAAAUGCGCAAAACGGACAAUAUCCGUGAUCAUAUCAGUACAUUCGUCGAAACUGUCGAAAAACUUCAAGAAAUGGACGUAACAUUUGAUCCGGAACAGUUAAGUAUCAUGCUUCUGUAUAGCUUGCCCGACAAGUUCGAAGUUUUCAGGACCGGCCAUAAAGCGGUGGACUGCAAGAAAAAAUCUCCAGAGAAAGCUAAGAAGGUCGAGGAAAAGGAAGAAGUCAGCCUUCUCGUUACUGAGAGAUUGGACGGAUCGAAUUCAGCAUUUCAAGUCGAGGAAAUUGAACGCACGGCUAAGUGGUGCCUUGAUAGCGGUUGCACGUCGCACAUGUGCAAUGAUCAACGCAAAUUCCAAGAUUUAAAAGAAACGGGACACCGAUCAGUAAACUUAGCAAGCCACGUAUCGACAAAAGUCGAGAGAGAAGGUACUGUAAAAUUAAUUACGUCAAAUGGAAUCAACGACAAGGUGGUAAGUUUAGAGGAUGUUUUAAAUGUACCCGAUUUGAGAACAAAUUUGAUAUCAGUAACAAGAAUCAUUUCAAAAGGAUAUCAAGUAAUAUUUGAUCAGAAUUCAGCAUGUAUAGUAGACAAAAGUGGAAAAACUAAGUUGAUAGCUGAACGACGAAAUGGAUUGAUAUUUGGAAGUAAAGUAUACAUUCUCGAUAAAACACCUGGAAAGGGCAAAUUCGAGCCUCGUUCAAGGGAAGGCAUAUUCAUAAGAUACUCACAAGAAUCCAAAGCAUAUCGAAUUUGGGUACCUGAGAAGAAAAAGGUGGAAAUAUCGCGAGACAUAAGAUUUCUGUCGGAAUUUUCUGAGAACACAAAAUUUGAGGAGUUUUUUAAGCAAAAUACUAAUGUAAACCUAAAUGUACCAGAAAUACCUCAACCUCGAGAAGUUAAUUUCGAAGUCAUUGAAGAAGUAGCUCAAGGACACAAUAGAAACCCUGAAGAAGAUCCAAAUGUCAUAGAGAUGAGACAGGAUAGGAAUGAUCAACAUGAAGAUAGAAAUCAAGCCCAAAUUCCUGAACAACGAAGAGGCCCUGGCAGGCCCCGUAUCGUUCGUACCGGACAAAGAGGAAGACCACGAAAGGUUCAUCAUCUAAUGAAUAUGGAAUCAAACGGCGAAGAUCUUGAAGAGGAUACUAGAGACGUUGAAAAUGGUCACGAGGACGUUGAAGAAUUCUAUGAUGCAGAAAACGAGGCAAAUUUAGCCGACAUUUCUCUCAAAGAAGCAUUAUCAGAAUCCGAAGCUACGAAAUGGAUGCAAGCCAUCAAGGAAGAAUUCAAAGCCUUAAUUAAAAAUAAAACUUGGAAAAUACUCGAGAGUUCGAUUAAAAUCAUAACUGCACUUUCCGCAUCCCUGGGUCUAGAAAUGCAUCAAUUGAAUAUAUCUACUGCUUACUUAAAUGGUGACAUCGAAGACAAAAUUUACAUGGAAUUACCAGAAUUUUCAAAAGAAGUCCUAAAGCAGAUUAUCUCUGAGAGUGCAACGCCCGAAGAAAGUCAAUUACGAGCAAAAGCUCAAGAAAUGUUACGCGAAAUUCUAGAAGGAGACAAGAUUUGUCUUCUCAAGAAAGCCCUAUAUGGAUUACGACAAUCAGAUCCCUGCAUUUACUUUGACAAGAAAGGCGGCUACUUGACCGUAGUAGCCAUAUAUGUUGAUGACAUCAUCAUCGCUUUAAGGAAUCAAGAUCAUAUCUUCGAACUCAAAAGAAACCUUAUGUCCACAUUUGAGAUGAAAGACUUGGGAAGAAUCAAUCAAUGUCUAGGUAUUGAGUUUAUCGAAGGUAAUGGAGAAAUCACGAUGUCACAGAGUCGCUAUACUCAAGAAGUAUUAAAACGAUUUGGAAUGGAGAACGCAAAACCAGUCGCGACUCCUUUUGAUCCGUCAACAAAGUUAUUCAAACCGAUCAACGCAACGGAGAUCACUCUAUCAACUACCGAAUCCGAGUACAUGGCUUUGACGGAGGCGACGAAGGAGGCUAUUUACCUUUCAAGAUUCCUGACUGAAAUCGGAGUUCGAGGGAAGGAACCAGUGCUAAUCUUCAAUGACAACCAAGGCGCUCAAUUGUUGGCUAAAAAUCCGAUAUUCCACUCACGGACUAAACACAUCGACAUACGACACCACUUCGUUCGCGGGGCUUUAGCUGAAAAAGUGAAUUCUUCAGGUUGCGGACCGCAGAAGACAUCAAAGGAGUGGGCAAAAACAUGGCGGGAUUGGAAGAGUAAUGUUUUAAAAAAAGUAGCAACCUACAAAAGUUACGCAACUUGCACUGGAGGAGGACCUCCAAAAAAAUUGCAAACUAGUCGCCUAGAAGAUGACUUGUUAGAAUUUAUGUCUCCAGAUGCCAGUAGGUUAAGUGGAAUACCCGAGGGAGGCUUCGGAGAUAACUUCGAGCCAUUGGAAAAUGCAUCAUUGUCCUGUCUAAAUACUCAGCCAGCUAUAAGCUCAAGGCAUGAAGUCGAAGAAAUUGACUGGAUGAGCAAUUCACUAUCCCAAGAAUCCGAUAAUGCUAAUGAAGAAACAAUGACAAGAUCUUAUUGCGAUGUUUCAACUAAAGGAUUAGAAGUGAGCGGAUAUCCUGCACCAAAGAAAGUGAUUGUUGAGGCUGCGACAAGUCAUAUACAGAAGUUUCUGGGAUAUCCUGCACCAAAAAAAGUGAUUGUUGAGGCUGCGACAAGUCAUAUACAGAAGCUUCAGGGAUAUCCUGCACCAAAGAAAGUGAUUGUUGAGGCUGCAACUAGUCAUAUACAGAGGCAAGUUCAACAAAGCGCUACACCAGCACAAUCACAAGAAAGUCUUCCAAGAAAAAAAUCCGUUUUAGGAAAAAGAGCAACAAAUCAGACUAUGAUUUCGCUAUUGGAAAAGAAAACUUCCACGUCCAAAGAUUUCAAAACUAGAGCUCUGACAAUAAAAGAAAAAAAAUUAGAAUUAUGUAAAGAGGAAAUAGCUCUGAGAAAACAACAUCAUCAAGAACUUAUGAAAUUCUUGGGCGAAUUGAAAUCUUCCAUUGACGAAUUUAAAAAUAAGAUAAACGACACCUUCGGUAUUCAAUAUCUAGAGUAA